UCUCUUCUUAUCAAAAGUAUGACUUUCAAAAUGCAUAGUUUGUGUCAAAAUACAUGGACUAUUUAAAAAACUAGACAAUCACAUAAAAUACACAUGUAUAAAGGUAUGUUUCUCACUAUAUAUACAUCCAGCCUUCUCUUGUUCUGUUAUAUGUUUUUUGUUUGUUCUAGCAGUCUCUUGCUUUCCAUUUUAACAUAUUAGACCGCAUUUUUUUUUAAAGAAAAGUGUUGCUAAACAUGACUUCAAGCGAUGAUCUUCAGUUUCUGUUGGACACCGACUUCUUUUUGUUCUUGGACCCGUCAGAAACUUUUAAUGCUCUCAUGGCAUGUCCGGAAAAUCCUUCGUUGCUGGCUUCAGAAGAUGUACACAAUGAGAUUGUUGAAUAUCCCUCAACAUUGAUAGAAAAUCCGCCCACUGAUCAAGAGACAUUAACAACAAACUUAAGCUUUUGUCCAGAGAUGGUACCACAAUAUCAAAGCUUCCAUCACCAGAACGAUUAUUCCAGAUCUUUCAACGCAGUAGAAAACUUUCCUGGCAUGGUGCAGCCACCAUGUACAUUCAGCAAUGGCCAAAGAGAAACCAAUGAUAUACAUCCCUCAACAUUAAUAGAAAAUCCGCACACUGAUCAAGAGACAAUAACAAGAAAUUCAAGCUUUGUUCCAGAAAUGGUUUUACAACAUCAAAGCUUCCAUCACCGGGACCAUUAUUCUAGAUCUUUCAACGCAGUAGAAAAAUUUCCGGGCAUGCCACCAUGUACAUUCCAGUGUGGCCAAAGAGAAAGUGGCUACAGUGAAAACUGUUUACUAACCUCAACCAAUAAGGUGAUGACAACUGAAUUUCAGUCAACUGAUGUACAACAUGCAUUUGUAAAUCAAAGCUAUCAACAACCUUCAUUGCCACAAACAAUUCCUAAUUUCUCCAACGAACCGUAUGUUUCAACAUUAAAGAUGGAGAGUAAUGCACAACAAGUUGGAAGAACUAAUGGACCAACAAAUCACAAUCCUAUGUCUCAAGAUCAUCGCAUUCAUCCUUUUUUGUACUUAUCAACUUAUAACAUCUUUUUCCUCUUUAAAUAUAUACAAAGGUUUAGAAUUAAUAUUAAUACAAUUAUCAGUCCAUGCAGGUUUCAGGAAGAACGAUAUGAUGACGACUUGCUACUUGCAAAACUAAAGCAUAGUCAUGAAAAUGAUCAGAUGCACCGACCUGAACCGUCCAACAUUUCUAAACCACCAUAUGUGGGGGCUAGGUUAAGCAAUCAACACCAGAUUCUUUGUGCCUCGUCAAGAAACACUAUACCGAAUCCAGAGAAUCGUACUCCCAUGAUUUCCUAUACUCAUACCCCAAAAACGUCAGAAAGCUAUUCACCAUUUGCGCAGACAUAUCAGUCUGACCCAUAUGCUUUUAAUUUCCAAACAUCAAGCUCAUUACAAACUACUUAUACUCGUCGACCUCGUGGAAGGCCAAGAAAAAAUCUAAUUUCAAUACCUUUGGUACCUACAACUCAAACGCCCUUAACCUCUCUCAGACAUUAUGGCGCACAAGAUAAGGGAAAAGAACAUAUUACAGCAAUUCCGUCUAUGAACCCAACUCUGUACAAUCAGUAUCAGAAUUCAUACACAAACAUAAUGACUCCGCAGAGUGAGGUUUUAAGACAACACAGUUGUAAUGAUCAACUUGAAAAUGAAAGCUCAUCGUCUAAGACAAGAAGGACCAUGGGAACUUUCCAAGAAAAAUCUAUAGCAGAUUCAUCGACGUGUUCUUUUUGGCAAAAUGAAAAUACGCGCUUAGGUGCAGGAUAUGCAGCUAAACACCACCAUGACAAGAGGUCUAUACAAAAUGCAGCAUAUGAUCCAUUAUACGCAGCUUAUGGAAUGCCCCUUGAUCCCCACUUAAGGGCCAUAUAACUUGCAUGUUUGAAGAGCCAAUAUGGUUUAUUGAUGGGAAAAGUAUUUCAAGACAAUCACCCUGAAUCGUAUAACCAACUAAAGAUGUAUUCGAUAUAAUAUAUAUAACUAGAUUUUGACCCGCGCUUUUAAAGCGCGGAUUUAUUUUUGUUUUCUUUUCAAUUGACAAAUAUUUAGUAAAUGUCACAUUUUCAUAUAUUUGUGCUUUAUUUUAUAAAAGACUUAAAUUUUUUAUCUUUAUUUAUCGUAUUUCAUUUUAAAUGACUAUUUAUGUUUAAAAAAUUAAACUUUAU